CCUGGUCUUUGGAUCUUUCUACGCGUGGAAUUCUCAGUCUCUCGUUAUGAAGCCGAGUUUCUGAGAGAUCGAACGGAACUCCACCAACGACCUGAUGGACGUUUCGAUUCGGAGAACCGUAACUUCUUGUAAAAGUACGUUAUCCCGACUCUGUUGACCUCUCGAGAAGAAAGAUGCGAUUAAUGCAUUGUACGAGUCCUAAAAUUUUUUUGAAGGAUUGAAGCCAUUCUAUAUAACCUCGAUUUUAAGUGACUUUGAUGGAAACCUAGUAAGCGGGAUUCUAUUCGAAAAUUUGGUGCUUGCAGUUUUCAAGUUUGGAAUAGCAAACAGACUGUGGCGAUUGUUGUUAGCAAACUUAUUCUUGCAAUGUCACAUUUCAUAAUUAUUUUUCUGAUUAAAGUCAUGUAUUAAGCUAUAUGUAAAUAUCGAUUCAGUUCCAUAAAGUAAGAGAAACAAUUAUGUAUAUUUUUAUUUUAGUGAAGAAACGGACAAGAUUUACCUUACCAAAUAUAUAGGAGCCUAUUAAAGAGUUUCUUCUCUUUUGUGCCUACUACAAUUGUGCUGUUGAAACGCAAGAAAAUUGGAUACAUCAUUAAUGACUCAAAUACUGCAGUUUUAAAGUAGCACCGUCAAAAAAAAAAAAAAAAAGAAAAACUCUUCAGUUUGUGUUAUAGUUUACAUUAUAGUUCACACAGAUAGAACAUCCAAAAAAAGGAGGAUAAACUACCAUUGCAUCAAUGGUGGAAUGAGAUGGAAUACAUAUGCGAAUAAAGAUUCUAUUAUAUUUAGCAGCAUUUUUAUUCUAGAGUGAUGUGUUAAGUAGAAUUUAUAACCUCAUAGUGGAAAAAUUGAAACAUGUAUUCCAUAACAGGAGACAAGCAUAACAUUUGUACUAUAUGUAAUAUUUUAUUUGGAUCUCCGGAAAUAUUAAUGCUACAUUUACGUAUUCAUGCAAAUGAGAAUUCAAAGGUGCAUAAGUGUGCUGUAUGUGAGAAAUCAUUUGGACAACAAUCACACUUGAUAGAACAUUUGCGCAUCCAUACUGGUGAGAAGCCGUAUGGUGUGCCACAUCCUUACUGGUGUCAAUGUGAUAUGUGUUGCAAGUCAGUUGCUGUAAAAGGUUCUUUAGGAAAACGUAUGUCUGUGCAUACUGGUGGGAAAUAUCAUAUAUGUGGUAUAUGUAUGAGAAUUUUUGCAAGCCAGGGAUCUUUAAAUACACAUAUGCAGUCCCAUACAGGUGAAAAACCAUAUGAAUGUGAUGUGUGUAGGAAGUCAUUUGCUCAGAAAGCUAGCUUGAGAACACAUUUGCGUGUCCAUACCGGUGAGAAACCGUAUGAAUGUGAUGUAUGUAGCAAGUCUUUUGCUCUGAAAGUUUAUUUAAAAAAACAUAUGUCUGUCCACACUGGUCAGAAAUCUCAUAUAUGUGAUAUAUGUAUGAAGCCUUUUGCUAACCGGGGAUCUUUAAAUAGGCAUAUACAGCUUCAUACAGGUGAGAAGCCCUAUACAUGUGAUGUGUGUAACAAAUCGUUUUCUGAGAAAGAUAAGUUAAGAAUACAUUUGUGGAUCCAUACUGGUGAGAAAUUAUAUGAAUGUGAUCUGUGUAGCAAGUCAUUUACUUGUAGACGUAGCUUAAAUAAUCAUAUACUUCUCCAUAAGGGGGAGAGAUCACAUAUAUGUGUUGUGUGCGAGAAAGCUUUUGUAACACUAUCAAGCUUAAAUUCGCAUUUGCAAAUACAUACAGGUGAAAAACUAUAUGAAUGUGAUGUUUGUAGCAAGUCAUUUCUUUAUAAAGGCAAUUUAAAAAGACAUAUGCUUAUCCACAGAAAUGAGAAAACGUUUGUGUGUGAUGUAUGUAAAAAAUUGUUUAUAGACAAAGGGCAGUUAAAUUCACAUAUGCGAAUGCAUACAGGUGAGAAGCCAUAUGAGUGUGAUGUAUGUAAGAAGUCAUUUUCUUUUAACAGCAAUUUAAAAAAACAUAUGCUAAUCCACACAGGUGAGAAAAAAUAUGUGUGUGAUAUAUGUACAAAGUUGUUUAUAGACCAAGGACAUUUAAAUUCACACAUGCGAAAACAUACAGGUGAAAAACCAUAUGAAUGUAAUGUUUGUAAGAAAUCAUUUUCUCACAAAUUUAAUUUAAAAAAACACAUGCGCAUCCACAUGAGAAAAAACACAUAUGUGGGUGUUGUAUGUGAAAAAUCUCCAGAAUAUUCGAAUUUAAAGAGUUAUAUGCAGAAUCAUACAGAUGACACUACAAAAAUAUGUGGGAAGUAGUCAUGUUUUUAGAUUUCCUUGAUUAAAAUACAGUAAAAGCUCGGCUAUCCAGAUUAUUCAAGAAAUACUAAAUGUACUUAUGUAUUAAUGCAACCACCUUGGAACAGUCUAAUGACUUUUUAUGGAUGAAAAAAUGGAAAUUACUUAUCAAGAACACGUUGAUGAUUUUGCGGAUUUGUUUUUCAGCAUUAGCGAAGUAUCGAUAUUUAUCAUGAAUCGUUAGAUAUUAUCAGCAUAUCUAAAGAAAACACACUAUAAGAAUUAAGAUUAUAUGACAUAUUUAAAAAAUUAAAAUAUGCAUUUCACAAAAUCAUUUGCUAAUGUUUUAGGACUUUUCUCUUCCCAUAUAUAAAGCAAUCUGUUUUUACUUAAACUAGAUAAUUUCCCUAAUUCGGUAUGAUAACAAUUUAUCUACCAAAUUCAACCUAUCAUUGUUCCCUUAAGAUUUAUCUAUAAAACCCAUUGGAACUUGGAAUACAAUUAAAGAAGAUAUAUGAAAUAGCAACCUUGCUUGAUUAAAAGAUUGUUAUGAAUAUGAUUACCUGAAGAAUGUUUAUGUGCAUGGUUGCCAGAGUUUGGCAUAUUCUGAAAAUAUGGCAACUUCUACUAAGGUGGUUGCAAUAAUACAUAACUACCAUACUGAAUUCCAGAUCUGAGUGGUUAUGAAAUGCAAUUCAUGAAAGAAAAGCCAAGUUUCUAAAUGUGACUGGUGAAAAAUUUCUGAUCUAAAAUUACAAAAAUAGUUAUCUUUUCCAUUAUCAGCUUGAACGUCUAAAAACCUAUAUUUAAAAUUAUAUAAAGUUAAAAAAAAAGUACAUUUCAUACAUAAAAUCUCAUGUCCAAAAACCUACAUUUAAAAUUUAUAUAAGAUAAAAAAAAAAAAAAAAAAAGUACAUUUCAUACAUAAAAUCUGAUGUGUUUUGUAGACCUUCAGUAUAUAAAAUUGAAACAUUCAACCAUAAAAUGCCCUCAACUGUAAAAGUUAGCAGAGAUGCUACUAUGUCAUUCCUGUAAAAAGGUUAAAGGAUAAUUAUUUAAUUAGAAUCGUAUGAUUCAAGUUAUGGAUAUUGAGAUUAUAUAGCUCAUUUGUUUUGAAAGAAAGUCAUAUAUCAAGACCAUUAAAACUUUUUUUUUUUUUUUUUUUGGUGCCAGAAUCUUUUGAAAGUACUCUUAUUGUUCCAUGGAAGGGAGAUCCCAAAUUUUAACGAGUCUUUCAAGCUAUGAGGAGAAACAGAUAAUUAGCAGUUAACUUAUCAUAUGUUCCUGCCAUACAACAUGCAUUGGUGUAUAAUGCAUACCUAUAAUUUCAAACUACAUGUAUUAAUUUUUAAGAUAUAUUUGCCAUAUAAUGCGAACCCUUUUCUAUAUGAAGAAACCUGGAAGAUAUAUAUGUGACACUCUUAUCUUUUUUAAGUGAACAUCAAAGGCUUUAGUUAACUGAAUUUGCUUUAGUUGAAAUACAGUUGAUCUAGUUGCUUUAAUUGAAAUAUUAGUAUCUAGUGUUUCUUUUAGUAGUAGAUAUGGCUCCUGCUAAAUGAAACAACACAGUGCUGGCUUUAAAUGCAAAGUCAUUCAGUUUGUGAAAGAAAAUGGAAAUCUUGCUACAACAAGGAUAUUUGGUGUUGGUGGAAGAUGGAACAGAUGAUGAUUUUAUAUUUAUGACAGUGAUGGUGAACAUGAGCAGAAUUCGAUGAUGCAUCUGAAAAUGUAACGGAAAACGAACAUGACGAACUUUUCAUGUUAUUCAAUAAUGAAAAUUUUUAAGUAGUGUAAUUGGAAUAAAAAAAGAAAAAGGAAAAAUGAGAUUUUAACAGCACAGUAAAGUGAAAGAAGAAGCAUGGAUUAUGAUAUAGACACUAGAAUUAUAUAUAGCAAAGUUAUAGUUCCACUUUAGUUUUGUUGGUUAAUUCAAAAUUUUGUUUUGUAAAUUUAUCAGUAUUGAUGGAUAAAAGAUUUUAGUUUUAUGUUUGCAUUUAAUGACAUGCAUCAUGAGCAUUAAAUACAUUGUGUUCACAAAAGUC